AUGGCUACGGCCUUGGAACCAGAGGACCAGGAUCUUUGGGAAGAAGAGGGGAUUCUACUGGUGAAAUUGGAAGAUGAUUUCACCUGUAGGCCAGAAUCUGUCUUGCAGACGGACGACCCCGAGCUUGAGACCUCCCAUCAGAACUUCCCCGCGCUUGAGACCUCACACCAGAACUUCCGGCGCUUCCGCUACCAGGAAGCAGCCAGUCCUCGGGAAGCUCUCAUUCGACUCCGAGAACUUUGUCGUCAGUGGCUGAGGCCAGAGAGGCGCACGAAGGAGCAGAUCCUAGAGCUGCUCGUGCUGGAACAGUUCCUUACCGUCCUGCCCGGAGAGCUGCAGAGCUGGGUGCAGGGCCAGCGGCCAGAGAGUGGCGAGGAGGCGGUGACACUGGUGGAGGGUUUGCAAAACCAACCCAGGACACCAAGGCGGUGGGUGACUGCCCAUGUUCAUGGCCAGGAAGUCCUGUCAGAGGAGACGGUGCACCCAGGAGCAGAGCCUGAGUCACCUAGUGAGCUGCAGGAUCCUGAGCAGACCCCGACCCCAGAGGAGCCCCAUGUGGAGACCACGCAGAGCCCAGAUCCGGGGGCACCAGCAGAGCAGAGCCUGUGCCAUGAACUGGAGCUGGAGCCCCUGCACGAGAUCGAGGUUUCAGUGCCCCAGGACCCAGACCUUCCUGAGGAGAGGAACACCGGGAACCCAGAGAUGGUCGCCCUUCUUACUGCUCUGUCACAGGGAUUGGUAACGUUCAAGGAUGUGGCUGUAUGCUUCUCCCAGGACCAGUGGGAUGAUCUGGAUCCAACACAGACAGAGUUUUAUGGAGAAUAUGUCUUGGAAGAAGACUGUGGAAUUGUGGUCUCCUUGUCAUUUCCAAUCCCCAGAUUAGAUGAGAUCUCCCACGUUAUAGAAGAAGACCCUUUGGUUCCAGAUAUCCUAGAGCCUCAAGACCCUCAAGAGCCAGAUGUCCUGACUUUUACCUACACAGGAGACAGGAGUGACGAUGAGGACGAGUUUCUUGAGCAAGAAGAUCUGAAUUUGGAGAAUCUACACUCAUCUGUUUUAGGAGAUCCAGAAAUCCACCAGACUCCAGAUUGGAAAAUAGUCUUUGAGGACGAUCCAGGUAGACUUGAUGAAAGUUUUGAUACAAAUAUUUCUCACAUUAGUUCAAUAAAUCUUCAGGAUACCGUACCUAUCCACUCCCUGUUAGGGAAACCUCAUGGCUGUCCUGUAUGUGGGAAAAACUUCACAUGCAACUCCCACCUUGUUAGACACCUGAGGACUCACACAGGAGAAAAACCCUAUAAAUGUCUGGAGUGUGGCAAAAGUUACACGCGGAGCUCACAUCUUGCCAGGCACCAAAAGAUCCACAUACUGGGCGCUCCUUAUAAAUUCCCCCUAAACCAGAAGAAUCUGAAUGAGACCUCCCCCCUGGGCACAGCUGAGAAAACACCCAUUGAGAAGCCCUACAGAUGUGAUGAAUGUGGAAAGCACUUUCGCUGGACUUCAGAUCUUGUCAGGCACCACAGGACGCACACAGGAGAAAAACCUUUCUUUUGUACUAUUUGUGGCAAAAACUUCAGCCAGAAAUCUGUGCUAACCACACACCAAAGAAUCCAGCACGGAGACAAGCCCUACAUGUGUGGAGAGUGUGGAGAGUACUUCGGCGACCACAGGCAGUACCUGGUGCACCGGAAGGCACACGAUACCGAGCAGCUCUAUCUCUGUGGCCAGUGUGGGCGGAGCUUCGGCCAUAGGGCUGCGUUUGCCAAGCACCUGAGAGGACACGCUGUAGUGAGGUCCUGCCAGUGCAAUGAAUGUGGGAAAAGCUUCAGUCGGAGGGACCACCUCGUCAGGCAUCAGAGAACACACACUGGCGAGAAACCGUUCACGUGCCCUGCCUGUGGGAAGAGCUUCAGCAGAGGCUAUCACUUAAUCAGGCAUCAGAGGACCCACUCAGGAAUCACCUCCCAGCUAGGACCCCAUGAGAGGAGAUCUUCCUUCAGCCCUGACCCCGGGGUAGGCGAGGAGCAGCCCUCUGGUUAUCCUGGGGAGACCUUUUCCGGGGAGUCUUUCUGA